UAGCAACAAGUAGCCGAUAUGUGGCAACUCGACGUUCCAAGUUUUGUGAAUUAUGGGGUCUUAAAUAUCAUCUAACACAAACUGAUGAAUGUGAAAAUAGUAAUAAGGAAAAUAAUUUGAUAGUUGCCAAUCCACCAAUCACCAAAUACAAGAGCAAACCUAGAACUAAAAGAUAUAAAGCUGCUACAGAAAAAUCAA